AUGUUAUCACCUCACUUUCGUCAUGCCAUGAGUGAAGAGCUAGAAGCUAUGGAGGUUAACAGAACGUGGACUAUUGAAAGCUUGCCUCCGGGUAAGAAUGUCGUGGGUUGCAAGUGGGUCUAUACGAUUAAGUAUAAGGCAGAUGGGUUAUACCCCAGCUCCGGGAUAAGUUCUUCCCCUAAUCCUGUCUGCCGACUCCAUAAGUCCUUAUACGGUUUAAAGCAGGCUUCACGGCAGUGGUAUCAUUGUCUCUCUGCAGUUUUGGAGUGUGCUGGCUUCAUUCAGUCUCAAGCCGAUAACACAUUGUUUGUCAAGCAAACUGGUAACAAGUUCACUGCUAUCUUGGUAUAUGUCGAUGAUAUGAUCGCCAGCAACAGUGAUGAUGAUGUUACUCUGCUCAAGACGUUUCUGCAUUCAGAGUUCAAGAUCAAAGAUCUCGGUCCUCUCCGUUUCUUCUUGGGUCUUGAAAUUGCCAGAACUUCAGCAGGAAUCUCGGUUUGCCAGAGGAACUAUGCUCUGAAUCUUCUCUCUGACACUGGUCUUAUGGCUUGUAAACCAUGCUCAGUCCCUAUGGAUCCCGUGGUCAAGCUUAGCAAGGAAUCAGGCGUCCCUCUCGAUGAUCCCACUCCUUACCGCGCCUUGGUUGGUCUUUUGCUCUACUUGACGAUCACUCGGCCUGACAUUACCUUUGCGGUACAUUGUCUCAGUCAGUUUAUGCAUACACCAACUGAUGUUCAUCUCACGGCUGCUCAUCGGAUCCUCCGCUACGUCAAAAAUGACCCAGGCCAGGGACUGUUCUACUCCGCUAAAUCGGAUCUCUGCCUCAAUGCUUUCUCUGACUCUGACUAUUCCACCUGCCCUGAUACACGAAGGUCUAUUACUGGCUACUGGGUUUAUCUUGGCAGCUCCCUCAUUAUGUGGAAGUCAAAGAAACAUGAUAUCCUUCUCACUGAUUUGAAGAUCACAGUAACUGCUAAGGCCGAACUCUUCUGUGAUAGUAAGUCGGCAAUCUACAUAGCGACAAAUCCCGUGUUCCAUGAACGGACGAAACAUAUCGAGGUUGAUUGUCACAUUAUCCGGGAUCAGGUGAAGAAUGGCUUCUUCACACUCAUGCAUGUUGGCACUACAAAUCAACACGCUAAUAUCUUGACAAAGCCUCUUCAGCCAGGGCCGUUUCAUUCUCUUCUUGUUUGCAUGUCCAUUUCAAGUCUGUUUUCUCCUUCUCGUUGUCCAAUCCCACAUGCUUGA